CGAUUUGACAGUUCGAAUAAAUGCUGAGCAGGGAAUACGAAAGAAAGAAACUAUUUUUAACGUUUGCUUCGACCAACUAAUAACUUACUUAUGAUAAUCAAUAAAUAGUAAUUCUAUAGUGUUAUAAUUAAAAUGUAAUCGUAUCAAUUAUUAUUAUAAUUUCAAAACAAAGUCUAUCAGAUGUUUCGAGGUUGCAAAGUGUCUGUGUUCAAUGUUAUCAUUAUUUGUGUUGUUUUAUCAGUGAAGUAAAUAGAUAUGAUGAACAACAUGACAGACAGCAAAGCUUUAACCAUGGGGCCAGCAAAUGGUCUUAUGGAUAAAUCCAAGGAACUCCAGAAAGAAAUUCUUAUGGAGAAACUAAGAUCUAAAACUUCACAAUACAAAAAUUUGUCGGAGACUUCAAAAGCAGUUCGAAUGGCAUUACUGGACAAGCGCUGGGCUGUGGACAGUCAAGACCGCAUGAUUCUUCAAAAGUGCUUGGACAGUCUUCAGCACUGCAUCAAGAUAAGCUCUCUUCAAAGCCUCAUUGAGAGACUCGAGUGUCUGUCGCGACAACUUGGGCUUAAGUUUGUUGUUGGGACCUCCGGUGUUAAUCUAUUCAUAUCAUCCGAUAUGUUUUACCUUGAGAUACUUGUGGAAUCAUCUGGCUCAAUCAAAGAUGUCAAGAUUCAUCAUGAAGGAAAGAUUGAACAACAAAGUUGUGAAGAAUUGGUUUCCUGUAUAUCUCGGGGUGACUUUGCUGAUUUUACUGCUCAAUUAGAAGGUCUAACAGCUGUCUACCAGUUAAAUGCUGAGAAAAAGGUGAAAUGCAAAGCAUUCAGUGCCCUGCAGAGCUUGGAAGAAGAUCUUUGCACCUUAAGGCAGCUGCAAAGCUUCAUCAAAGAUCCAUGGGCACAGGUUCAUAAGAGCCCCAUUGGGUUCCUCCAAAAACGAAGGGGAGGUCACGCUAUGCGGCUCACAUACUUCGUAUCACCUUAUGAACUUCUGGAUAAAGACAAAGGCCUUCAACCACUCACAGUAGAACUCUUAACACUGGGCAAACCUCAAGCUUCGAGCGGUCUCGCUUCUUUGGUGGCUCCAACUCACACUCCCAUUGGGCAUUCAGCUACAGUCCUGUUGGAGGGCUCUACCGCUAACAAGCUGCAGUUGCAGUCUAUUAUAUCUGGUGGCGGCCAAAGGCCAGGAAAAGGGAAUGGCCCGGUAUACGCACCGCUGGUGCCUCAAAACAGUGCUAUGUUGCCAGCAUGUUUCACUCUGAAGCUGUCCCAACCUACACCUAUGUGUUCUGGGCUAGCAAAACUCAUACAUGCUACAACUGAGGUGGAGGUGGCUGGUGACUGGGCGAAUGCGAAGCCAUUGCUAGGCCUCGUGGCCCAGCAAGCCUACAACAAGCUCGCACCAGGCAAGAUUAUAGAGCUGAAUCUAAGCAAAGGAUUGUUUGUAAACCUUCCCGAGCAGACUCAGUGCUACUUCUUGUGCGAGACUCGCGGGCUCGAAGGCUGCGUGGUGACGAGCGUCCCGUUCACUCACCCGUCGCACGUGCCGCCGCUGCUGGCCUGUCUCCGGCAACAGGCGCUCUUCAACGCGCUGGUGGCAAGCUGCGUGCGUUUGCAGACCAAGCAAGUUUUGGACCUCGAAAGCGUGCUGAUGUUCGAAGUCAGCGCCCUCUCGUGGCAGCACAUCUCCAUCUCACUGGAGCACCCAUUAGACGAGAGCAUGGCGACCGUAGAACUGGAGCUGUCCGACCCGGCCGCGCCCCGGGCCUCAGUCUACACUCUCAACUCGCCGCCGAGAGAACAUAUAGAUGAUUAUAUCAGCCGGGUUCUCCAGAAGAGCCACUCGAUACCCAUCACUUUGAGGUCGCUAGUAAAAAUCUGGGAGCGCGAAGCAGCCACGAAGCAGAUGAACGGCGGCUACUCGGCCCUGGAGUCGAAUUUUAGCUGCGGCCUGGGGGGCAUGGAUCCCGGGGGCGAGCACGUGAAGCACGAGCCCGGGACCAUGCACGGCCGAGCUCUCUACCCCUCCAGCGUCAGCCACCCGCACCAGGGCGGCGCAUACCUGUCUGAACAGCAGCACCACCUCUCAAUGAUAUGCCAAGACCCCAACGCGGGGGACAGCAAGUCCCAGGUGUCUGAAGAACGAAAGUCCAAAAAGAGGAAGUCCGACAUAGAUCCUUGGUCGGCGAACCAAAAAAAGGGCAAACCCGGCCUCAGCGAAAUGCCAGACUCGGAAAGCGACAUGGAAAACUCCGAUGGAUACGUCAACGAAGACGAUAACACUAUGAACAGUAACUCGACCAACGACGACAUUGAAGGCAGGGAGUCGUCGGUUUCCCAAAACGAGUUCGCGUCAGAUCUGGAACUGUCGGGCAUGGACGCGGACGCCCUGGGCGGACCAGACAACAGGACCUCCUCCGAUAUGGACAACUCUAAUGAUGGCGAUGUGGAAGAUAUUAUCAGGAAUUCUUUUCAGAAGUCUGAUCACAAAAGGCAAAAGCUGAAAAGCAAAGACUCGGAAGCGAGAAGUAAUAGGAGCACAUCUUCUCUGCUCCUCGACUUGACUGAAGGUAAAUCGUACAUGCCGUCAUCUGUGAGCAUCACGCCCAUAGGGACCAACGCAGCGAAUACUGCGCGCUCUGAAUCCGGGUCCAGUAUCAGCUCCAUGCUCUGCCUCGAUCGUCGCCCGGGAAUCGAGAUCAUACCUAUCACCGCGGCAGCACCCGCCACUCUACCCAGCUCCAUAACAAUAACACCCAUAACCUCAUCUCAACUCAAGUCGCUCGACGAACGCCAUCGCUCCGAAAAGAAAUCCAGCAAAUCAGGCGAAGAACGGAGCAAGGAAAAGAAAAAGAAGCGACGCCGAGACGACUCCAUGGGACCACCAGAAAAAGUGCCACCGAAGCAAGACCCGCUGACAAAACCCGUGUCUGUCAGCAUCAAACCCACGGACGGUUCACCCAUGCGUUCGACGUCCCCGAAUUCGCUGCUGAGAAAAUUUAGUCCGAGUCCCACCCAUGGUAGGUCUGUCUCCAUCACAAAAUCUCCGAGUCCCAGCACGGUUAAAGGUAUGGGAAAACCGUCUGGCACGUCUAGUCAUCACAGUAGCCCCCGACACUCGCCGGUACAAAACAGCCCAAAACACUUGCCAGGGUAUUCGAGCCCAAAAAACCAUAGUAUCUCUUCCCCUAAACAUAGUUCUUCGGGGUCGGGAAAACCGAGCAUGUCAGCUUUAAAAUCUGCCACCAGUGGUUCACCGUCCGGCAAAUCCGGUACCACAGGUUAUGAUUUAUCAAAAAAGAUGUCAAAAGACAGCUACGGAUCGAGCUCUGUGUCCUCCAGGGACAAGGAGAAAAAACAUUCCAGUUUGUCUUUUUCCAGUUCCGAUAGAAGUAGUCCGAAGUUAAAAAACCCGGUAAAAUUAAAACAACUCGAAAUAACCCCAGUAUCGUGCGACAGCCCCGUCACUGAACCGCUAAUAUCCCCACCAAACGUCGAAGUAAACAAGUCUAAUGCUCCGAGUCAAGCUCGGAAUAGGAAGGGCUCUCUCAGCGCUGUGAUAGAUAAAUUGAAAUCUGCUCAACAUUGCGGCACCGACACUGAACUAAGCGGUACCAAAUCUAGUAGCUCGUCCAGUAGUACUAACAAAUUCUCAGACCCAAAAAACAGUACAGCUAGUAGUAGUUCCAAAAUGAGUGAAAGCAAAAAUCAAGAAUAUAUGGUCAAACCCAGUCUAGACGGUAUGAAAAUCACCAUUAAUAAAACAAGAACAAAAGAAUCUUCUAGUAGUGGUUCAAAAUUGAACUACAGCAGUUCAAGUUCCAGUAAACAAUCUUCCCCGCAACUAACUCCCCCGAGCCAGGGCUCGCCUAAGACGCACACAGGCCUGAAGCCUGGCGUCAUUAGCGGCCCGGCGUCAAAGAAAACACAAGUCCUCCAGUCAUCAAAGUCCAGUAGCGUGACUACAGGAUCUACACCACCGAAAGCUAAUAUGAGUCCCUCAGAAUCGUCAAGUUCUGGUAAUAGCAGUCUACCCAAAGUGCCUUAUUCUAAAUCUUCUAGUACCAGUAGCGCUGGUAUUAAUUUGUCCAAAUCGGCAUCGAAAUCUAGCUCCGGUUCACCCAAAAGUAGUAGUAUGGACAUUGCCAAAAUAAUAAGAGACAGGGAACGAGAAAAAGCCAGGACCAAACUCACCAGUAAUUCUGAAAAAUCUAUAUUCGCUUCAAAGUCUGAGAGGCACUCAAGCCCCAGUGGCUCGAGGGAUGACGUUGACGGAGACAGGUAUAAAUCUAAAGAAGCCAACUUUCUAGUCGAGGGUCUGAUCAAGCCUCUCGAUACAAGCAAAUUCCAAAUACCCAAACUUAAAAAUCAAAGCACUCCGGACAAAAAUAGCCCGGUAUCACAGUACGACAGUCGGUCUUUGGUGAACGAUUUUGCUAGAGGAUUAGAUCAGAGCAAAUAUUCUUUUUCUCAUUUCGACAACUCGAAUUCGAGGCCUUCCGACCUACAAAAAUCCGCCUAUCCGCUAAACGUACCGAAACCCUUACUGAACAUGGGUGGAAUGAGUCCGAAAACCGUUCAGCCUAACAAGGUGGACCAAUCCGAUCGGCCUAUAGAAUAUUCUAAGGCCAUCGACAGCUUAAAGGGCGAGAGCCCCCAGCGCAGCAAAGACGACGCGAAGGAAGGCUACUCGGUGUCUUAUCCAAUGGUGCCUUUAGAUUUUAAAACUGACAUGGCGAAGGGGUUUCCCGCUCCGAAAGGUAGUUCAGAGGACAGGAAAGGGGCUGACGCGUGCAUGAAGCCUCCGGCGAGCGGGUCGGUGCCGCGCAGUGGCGCGACCACUCCUCAGGAGGCGGCAGAGAUGCUGUUAGAUUUUUCGUCAUCGUCGGGGAGUAAAGUGUCGGGGAUGGUGGCGGUGCGGCCGGUGUACCCCGCGUCGCCGGCGCUGGCGCUGCAGCUGGCCAAGAGCCCGGCGCCGUCGCCGCUGGUGGCGCCGUCGCCGCACUCCAACUCGCCCGGCAUCACCGACGACGAGCUCAUGGACGAAGCGCUAGUCGGGCCCGGCAAGUGAGUUGGAGUGUCACGCGCGCCCGACUCCCCUAUACAGGGUGGAAUUUUGUAAUGCCACCUGGAGGGAAAGUACUCUUAAUACUGUAGAUAGAAAAUUUUACUC